AUGGACAAAGACGAUAGAAAUUAUUGUGAAUUAUUCAUUGGAAAUUUAAAUUAUGAAACAAAUAAUGAUGAUUUAAAAUUUUACUUCUCCAAAUAUGGUGAAAUUCUUCAAAGCAAAGUUAGAUUAAAUAAACGAGGAGAACCGGCUGGUUUUGCAUUUAUUACAUUUCGUUUCAAAUCAUCUGUUGAUGAUGUAAUGAAAAAUCGAGCACAUUUUCUUCAUGGAAGAGAAUUAUUUGUUAAACGUCAAAUUUUAUAUGAUAAUCAAUACCGACAUGAACGUAAUAAAUCAUCGACAAAAUUACUUGUAUACAGUUAUGAAAAUGAAGAUAUUUUAAAAAAAUAUUUUGAAUAUUAUGGUCAAAUAUUAAAUUUAGAAUACAAAAAUGAGAAAGAAUAUUUAUUAACGUUUAAUGAUUAUGAUAUAGUUGAUAAAAUUAUCAUUGAUAAACCUCAUAUAUUACAUGGAAUAGAAAUUCAAGUUCGAAAGGAUAUGUGUGAGAAAAAAGAAACAACAGUGAUCAAUCGUCGAUGUCGAUUUUCUGUUGUUGUAUCCGAUACAAAUUUAAAUUCUUCUACUAUUUUGACAACAUCGACAACAAAAUCUAAAAUAAAUGAACCAAAUGUAAAUGAUUUAGAAGCAGAAAUUUUAUAUUUAAAAGAUCAACUAAAAUCUAUGACAACUGAAUUUGAGACAAAAAUCGAAGAUAUGAAAAUAAAUCAACAUGAAAAAAUAAAUAAAAUGAACGAUUUAACAAUAUUAGGUAGAACUACACAAAAUGAAUUGAAAGAAAUAUAUGAAAAAAUGAAUGAAGAAUAUAAUUUAGCUAAAAAUGAAAAUGAGAAACUCAACGAAUUGUAUGUUAGUAGUGUGUUGAACAAUUUUAAUAUGAGAAGAACCUAUUCGAAAGCGGUUAAAAAUGAAAAAUUAAGAUGUUCAAAAUUAGAAAAUAAAUAUAAUACUUUAAUGUCAAAAAGACAAAAUAA